AUGGAACGGUUCAACUUGAUGACGAAUGAGAUUUAUCACCGUCGGAGAGCCCCCGAGAUAACGAGCGGCAUCCAGCCGAGAUAUCUCUUAUCUCUCCCUCGCUAUUCUCGAUGGAGACAUCCAGCAGAGGCCAUCCAGCGGACACCUAGAGGCGGCGAUCCUGAGGAAGCCAUCCAGCAUCGGACACAAAGGAGACGAUCCAUCGGAGGCCAUCCAGCAGAGGACAUCCCAAGGGCACAGAGGAUGCGACGCCGGAAGCAGUACCUCCUCGGAACGUCCGUGCUGUCGUGCGUGGCGAUAGCCCUCCUGGGCGCGGCGCUGGGCACCGAUCAUUGGGUGGAGGGGAAUGCGACAUGGGUGGGGGAGAAUGCGACAAGCACCAUGGAGUACAACGUCAAUUACGGACUGAUCAAGGGGACAAGGGUGGAUGGCGGUUUUUCCUCUGAAACCAAGGAGAUACGACUCGCAGUCUCGGCGAAAGAAAACUCGUACAUCUGGAGCGCGGGGGAAUCCGAGGAAAGGAGGCUGGAAGACCUCAAUAAACUCCUCGCCACGGGCAAAAAAGGCGAUCUCGCGAACUUCGGUCUCCUCGUGACGACGUUCGUCUCCCUGGGCCUGUGCGCGCUGUUCCUCGUCGUGAGCGCCGGGUUCGGCGUGUUCAACGCCUUCGGCAGCCCCAUAGAGACGUGGGCGGGGCCCAUCGGGCUCUACUACUACAACGCCGGAUUCGCCCUGUUGGGGAUGAUCGUGUGGGGGGUCCACCACGUCACCAAGUCCUCCAAAAACCUCAUGCUCUACGAGACGCUCACAUACGACUACGUGAUGGAGGCCAGCCUCGGCUUCUCCUACUGGUUGGUGUUCGUGGUCCUGGCGUUGGAGGUGGGGAACCUGGUCCUCGUCUACGUGAGCCAGCGGCCGGAGAGGGAACGGACGACGCAGAACGUGGAGAUGGACACGAAGACGGCAGCGACCACCUUCAUCUACUGAGAGGGCCGCCUUCGCUCGAGAGGAAGGGGUGUUCGAACACGGUUUCAACUUAGUGUCGACGUAUUUUUCAUGGAACGAACGGUCGACCCGAUCUUCAACGGGUGCGUUGAAAGUGACGAGAUCGCCGUUGAAAGUGACGUGUGCAACACCGCGGCAGAAAAAAAAAAGCACUUGACGCCGUUUCACGACACUGGGAUAUCGGAAGUGACGAGAGGUCGACCCCAGUCGACUUGGGGCGACCGAAAGCGACAAUGUCGAUCUCCGAACUUUAAACCUCUGAUAUUACCCCGUUCACAGACUCAUUACCAUAUAUUACAGACUCAUUACUAUGUAUGAAAGUUCGCGCUGCCUGCAAAAUCAGUAGUUGGGGCGAUUUUGCGAAGACUUUGCAAAUUUUUCCUCAGAUUUUGUGCCAUCCCGUCUCUUUGAUAGCCGAUAGGAUUUGCACGGAACCCGGAUUUGACGGUUUGUGUAUUUAAAAACGCACUCUAUCGUUUUAAUCGAUGACGCUCCUGAAUGAAAAGGGCUAAGAAAAAAAAUUUGAAGAUAGAAGUGACUCAUGUUCUCGCAGAAGAAAUAUUCCACAUUUUAACUUUCUUAUCUGAUAAAUGUUUCCGUUCUCGAUCUCUUAUAUUUUCCAAGCUUAUGGAUGAAACUGCUUUCUUUCGGUGCUCGGGCACACUUCUCUUAUUCUUGCAUGGGGGUUGGAGGGUAGUCGGCGUGCACGAAGACCACUACUCGAACAUCAAGGAAUUCACGAGACAAUUUUGGGGGCGGUUAUUCUUUUUUGCACUUUCCCUUGAAAAAAAAAAAAUAUAUAUAUAUAUAAAAUAGUUAUUUGAUGGCAUGCAACCUCAGCAAUGAAAUUGAUAGGUUCCUCGGCUUGCCCCCUCUCGCAGAUGAGCAACUUGAGUCCAGUAAGCAUGAGGAAGACAACAUUUUCUGCUAUUUUUCCGUUAGAGUAAUAAUUAGAGGAAGUGUAAGAAAUUUACAUAUCUUGUGACUUUUAUCAUCCUUUACGAGUUUCGAAUGUAUAUGUAACUCAAACUCGAAACAGCGCGACGAAAAAAAAAAUUCAAUCCCACUCAGGGGAGCGUUCCACCAUGACAAAUAUACGCGUCAUACCAAUUUAAGGGGUUAAUUAUUGGUCAAUACCAUUGGGACAUCAGGGGGUAAAGGGCAAAGGGG